GGCUGUCAGAAUCAUCAAGCAUGCUAUGGAAAUUAUUCAUUUGCUAACUGACCAGAACCCCAUUCAGGUUAUUGUUGACGCUGUUGUCAACAGCGGUCCUCGUGAAGAUGCUACCCGUAUUGGUUCUGCUGGAGUUGUAAGGAGACAGGCUGUGGAUAUCUCACCCCUACGUCGUGUUAAUCAAGCCAUCUAUCUUUUAACUACUGGUGCACGUGAAGCUGCUUUCAGAAACAUCAAGUCAAUUGCUGAAUGCCUUGCUGAUGAACUUAUUAAUGCAGCAAAAGGUUCAUCCAACAGCUAUGCAAUCAAGAAAAAAGAUGAAAUUGAGAGAGUUGCUAAGGCGAAUCGUUAAGCAGCUUUUGGUGGCAGCGGGAUUGGCGACCUGAACUUUUUGAAACUAUUUCUUUCAGAGUUUAACUUUAUUUUUAAGUAUGAUGAAUGAUUAACUUUCAUAUUUGUAAUGCAGAUUUUUGAAAUUGUCUAUUUUCAGAAAUGAGAGGUAGUGUCUGCAUAAUUUGAUAGUUUGAUAGUAA